AUGCAACAAGGUCGCGAAGCCGUCGUCCGCUUUAUCAACCAUGCCGACCGUGCAAACUCUGUCCAUCUUCACGGAUCAUAUAGUACCUCUUCCAACCAAUCUCUUUUUGGUGAUCAGACAUUGACAUAUCUCCUUCAGGUCNGUGCUCCCUUCGACGGCUGGGCCGAAGACACUACCGAGCCGGGACAAUACAAGGAUUACUACUAUCCCAAUGCUCAAGCUGCCAGAACACUUUGGUAUCAUGACCAUGCUGUCGGCCAUACUGCCGAGAAUGCCUACUACGGACAGGCCGGAUUCUACAUCUUGGAGGAUGCUCAGAAGAACGCUCUUGACCUACCCGCUGGUGACUACGACAUCCCUCUGGCUCUCGCUGCUAAGCGUUAUAAUCCUGACGGCUCGCUCUGGGACCCUGAGGCGAAUGGGGAGACCACAAGUGUGUUUGGUGAUGUUAAUGGCGCUCCUUGGCCGUUCAUGGCUGUAGAGCCUCGCAAAUAUCUGUUCCGUUUCUUGGAUACCUCAGUCAGCCGUUCGUUCCAACUUUACGCAGAGGCAGACAAGAAAGUCGGCACCCGAAUCCCAUUCACAGUCAUCGGAUCAGACGCAGGUCUCCUCGCUAGUCCUGUCAGCACCACGCAACUCGACAUCUCCAUGGCUGAACGCUGGGAAUGCGUCUUUGAUUUCUCUGGCUAUGCCGGUCAAAACAUUACUCUCAAGAACACAGGCAAUGUAGCUGCAGACGACGACUUUGACGGCACUGAUAGAGUUAUGGUAAGUGUUUACACGUUCUCAGAAGUCGUAUGUUGGACUAAUGGAAGUAGCNGGUUCGUGGUUGGCAACUCUGUGAGGGAUACGAAGGGCAAUGGUCCUCUGCCAGCCACUCUGCGUAGCGUACCACUGCCACCAGCCAAGACAGGUGUCGAUCGCUCCUAUGAGUUCAUGCGCAGCAAUGGCGAAUGGCAAGUCAAUGGUGUUACCUGGGCCGAUGUCCAAGAUCGUGUCAUUGCCAAACCUGAGAGAGGAUCUGUUGAACGCUGGGAGCUUAUCAACAGCGCAGGAGGCUGGAGUCACGUCGUCGGCCGUACUGGUGGAACUCGUGGUGUUCUUCCUUAUGAACAGACCGCGUUAAAAGACGUCGUCUGGCUUAACAAGAACGAAAAGANNUGGGACGGCCUCUACAUGUUCCACUGCCACAACCUAAUCCACGAAGACCACGACAUGAUGGCCGCCCUGAACGUCACCGCCCUAAAGGACCUCGGCUACGACGAGAAGACCAGAUUCAUCGAUCCUAUGGAACCAAAAUACCGCGCCAAGUCCUUCAACCCAGAAGACUAUACCCACCGUGACGGCGAUUUUGAAGACAGCGCUAUUGAAAAGAAGUGCAGAGAUUUCCAAGACAUGGAUGCUUACAAGGGUGCCCCCGAGGUCGAGCAGAAGCUUGAAGAAUACUGGAAAACUCAUAGUUCUCAGACUACGCUCGUGACCAAGACUUUAUCAGGCGGUGGUAGUGGAACCUCGGUCUCUACGACGGGCUCUAGUGGUGCUUCCUCUAGUGGUGCUUCCUCUGGGGCUUCUGGUUCGGGAUCUACAACAGCUUCAGCAACCGUGGCUUCUUCGGUCACAAGCACAUCAGGCAGCACGCUCAUUACAUCGGUAAGCUCAGCGAAGAGCACUUCUACUACGAGUGACGACAAGGGUGGAAAGAACAAGACGACUACGAAGAAGUAG